AUCACUUGCAGUACAUGCAAUAGGACAGGCCAUAACAUGAAAAGUUGCACAAAUAAUGCUGCUGCAACUAAGCAUCAUGGAAAUGCACAUAUUGUCAGAGAAAGGUCUAGGAAAAGGAAACUACAGAAAGAAGCCUAUGAGGCAGAAACUUCAAAGAAAUCAAAGGUUGAAGAAGUUGCAAGGCUGAGCAUGGGAAAGGCUGUAGCUCAAGACCUACAAGUGCAUGAGUGCAGACGACCUACAAGCAUUCAAAUUAGGGAGACAAAUUCACAACCAAGCUCAUUGCCUGUAUCACAACCAAGCUCGCUGAAAUAUGAUAAGCAUGCUCCAGGCGGCAAGGCUAGAUCAGCAAAGGUUCAGAGAAGUGCUGCUACUCCAUUUGUUCCACCUAAACAAGUUACAACUUUGUCACAACAUUGUGUCUUCAAUUUAGCUGCAUACAAAGAAGCUAAGAAAGGCAGAGCAGGUCCUCCAGUUUGAUGUUGAGGAGUCAUUUUUGUGUCAAGAGUCAUGUCAUGUAAUAUAUAUCUAUAUGGAGUCGUGUAUUUUCUGUACUAUCAUGCUACUAUGUUCUGUAUUA